AUGCUUGUAGCAAAGGCGUCGAGUAUGUCUGAGAGACUAUCCAGGUUGCUGGACCCGCAAUCUAUUGAUUCUACUGAUCAUUUAUGCGGCGACUCUUCCAGUCUCAAAGAACGUCUACAGUGGGCUUUACGAAGCGGAAAGGCCAUGGAGCGUCUAGAGUUGUUAACUACCCUUGUUCGCGACCUGGAAAGCUUCCUUCCUCCACCUGGCUCUGACUCCAAUGUGACUGGCGCAAUUAUUCUUAACUCAGCACUGACUUCGGAGCAAGAUGCGUUGAAGCUAAGAUGGCUAAGCCGACAAACCGAUUUUGAUUCAUUCACCAGAUCACUUGCCCUGCUCAAAGCUACGAACAUGACUCACGUAAAUGAGCUGGGAUUAGAUUCAGAGUUUGAACUGCCAAAGCUUAACGGCAUCGUACAACGGAUGCGGACAUCGGAAACUGGCCGCCACUACUUAGGAACGUACAAUGGAGACUGCGUUCUGAUUGAAAGAAAGACAAUCCCGUCUGAAAAGAACAAUUACACAGUCAUAGAUGAUCGAAUCCAGAAGAUUGUCCACUUGUUGAAACUCUCCCAAGGCAUUGAAGGACUAAGGACACUGCCCUGUUUGGGCUACAUCAAAAGAGAACCAGGACUUGAUUUGAAGAGUGAGAAAUGGGGUGUGUAUGAGAUUUUGUAUUCAACCAACGCUGGACACGUGGUUUCGCUUCGAGAUAUGCUGCGUUCAGAAAAUUUUGCUAGAUUUAAGUCAGCGCUCUCUCUCAAUAAGCGUUUUCAGGUCGCCAGAACUCUUGCGAAAGCAAUUCUCUGUCUACACUCUGCCGAAUGGCUUCAUAAGGGAAUCCGGAGUAGCAACGUUGUCUUCUUACCCCCAGCUCAGUCUGACACCGGCACGAGUCAGGCUGAAUCUUCCCUACCUCGUCGGAUUCGAAUGCAGCCACAUCCAGCGGCCCAAGGUCUGCCUAAGGCUGAACCAGACUCAUAUCCAGGUGAUACAGGACGCUUUUCCAAAAACCACGACAUUUACAGUCUUGGCGUUAUUCUCAUCGAAUUAGGCGUUUUAAUGUCAGCUGGGCGAAUCAAAAGCCAAGCUAGAAAGUAUGACCCAGAUUACGGAAAACACAGCGCCGAAAAAUUCCAAAGAUUGCUCCUGGACAAGCUCGUUCCUAAAGUCGCUUUCACAAUGGGCGAGGUGUAUGCGAAUGUCACUUUUUGCUGUCUCAACGCGGAUUUCUAUCAUCCAUCGCCGCAGUUGCAUCACAAGAAUGCGAAUACAUUUUAUCCCGACGUUGUUGCUGAGCUCGAACUAUGUAGAGCAUAA